AUGUGGCGGAAGACACGAGUGCCAAACGACAAUGGCUGCUUCGGAGUCGAUCCCAACCGGAACUGGGAUUAUCAAUGGAUGAACGGCGGUGCCAGCGACAAUCCUUGCGACUCGACUUACGCGGGAAAGAGUCCGUUUUCCGAGAUAGAAACGAGAACGAUCUCGAAUUACAUUUCGUCGAUAUCCGACAAACUCUUUGCCUUCAUCUCGUUCCACAGUUACGGCCAACAUCUGUUGCUUCCCUACGGCCACACUAAGGAACACCUCGACAAUUACGAUGAACUAUUUGCAGUUGGCAAAAAGAGCAUCGACACAUUGGCCAAGCGGUACGGCACCAAGUACGACAUUGGCAACAUACCUGAAGUAUUAUACGUUGACAGCGGGAGCUCCAUGGACUGGGUGAAAGGAGUCCACAAACUGCCCAUAACAUACACUUACGAGUUGCGAGACGAGGGAGUCUACGGAUUCCUAGUCCCAGCGAACUUUAUCAUUCCCACUGGCAAAGAAGUUCUCGACUCGUUCAUAACAAUGUUCGAAGAAGCUUCAAAACUGGGCUACCCAAAGAAAUUCGAGUAA